GGAUCUCUGCCACUGACACUGCUUGUUUUUUUCCCCCGCAGCUGUCCGUCUAUCCGACCGUCGUCGACAUCACAGAAAUAAACUCUCCACCAGCGAGACUAAUCUUUCUACGAGUGUUCGAGACGACCUGAAACGAAUCUGUCAAGAUGGGUUGUGGAAUGAGCACAGAGGAUAAGGAGGGCAAGGCCCGCAAUGAGGAGAUCGAAAACCAGCUGAAGCGGGAUAAGAUGAUGCAGAGGAACGAGAUCAAGAUGCUGCUGCUCGGUGCGGGAGAGUCGGGUAAAUCGACCAUCUUGAAGCAGAUGAAGCUAAUCCAUGAGGGCGGUUACUCACGGGAUGAGCGGGAAUCGUUCAAAGAGAUCAUCUUCAGCAACACGGUCCAGUCGAUGCGGGUAAUUCUGGAGGCGAUGGAGUCGUUGGAGCUGCCUCUGGAGGACCAGCGCGCAGAGUACCACGUCCAGACCAUCUUCAUGCAGCCCGCUCAGAUUGAAGGUGACAGCCUACCACCCGAGGUUGGCGCGGCCAUCAAAGCCCUCUGGCAGGACGCUGGCGUCCAGGAGUGCUUCAAGCGGUCUCGCGAGUACCAGCUGAAUGACUCGGCCAAAUAUUACUUCGACUCCAUUGACCGGAUCGCUCAACCUGACUACAUGCCCGAUGACCAGGAUGUGCUCCGCUCCCGUGUCAAGACCACCGGUAUCACCGAGACUACUUUCAUCAUUGGUGACCUGACCUACCGUAUGUUCGAUGUUGGUGGUCAGCGAUCCGAACGUAAGAAGUGGAUCCACUGCUUCGAGAACGUCACCACGAUUCUGUUCCUGGUCGCCAUUUCCGAGUACGACCAACUGCUCUUUGAAGAUGAGACGGUCAACCGUAUGCAGGAGGCGCUCACCCUAUUCGACUCCAUCUGCAACUCCAGAUGGUUCAUCAAGACCUCGAUCAUUCUCUUCCUGAACAAGAUCGACCGUUUCAAGGAGAAGCUCCCCAUUAGCCCUAUGAAGAACUACUUCCCAGACUAUGAGGGUGGUGCCGACUACGCAGCCGCUUGCGACUACAUCCUCAACCGAUUCGUCUCUCUGAACCAGGCAGAGCAGAAGCAGAUCUAUACUCACUUCACCUGCGCCACGGAUACGACCCAGAUCCGGUUCGUCAUGGCUGCAGUCAAUGAUAUCAUCAUCCAAGAAAAUCUCAGACUCUGUGGUCUGAUCUAAUGACCGUCGAAGAAGCUUGGCUCGGUGAGGAUAUGUCGCAGAUCAGACCACACACAUAUGUGGCCUCGUAAUUUGAUAUCACUGUCGCCGUCUCCUAUUACCCUGUUUCUCAUACCAUACCUCACUUGUCAUUUCCUUGUUUCAUUUAAAAUUACUGGCGUUGAGACAUUUACUUCCCGUGAUUUGCGCUCGAGAUGAGAUCUGGUCGGUUUUUGUCGCACUGUCAAC